AUGCACAUGUCACUCUCUCAAGAAAGUGUGCUGGCCUUGUGCCACUUCUUAUGUCAUGCCGGCAGUGGUCAUGGAUCCAGCAGCGAAGGCGAUGCCUUUCAACUUGCAGGGGAAAUUUUAGUGGCCUUGGCUGCCCGGCAGCACCUGGACAUUGUCCGCAGCGAGUUGAUGAAGGUCUUGUCAAGCUUGGUGACGGACAUCGAAAAGGUGAAGACCCUCACAGAGGUCUUCCGCGAGGCAAAGAUCUCCGAGGUGAAGCUGGACGCCUUCGAGGAGGCCCGGGUAGAGAUGCUUUGGACUGCCCUUGACAAGAGCCUCGAACGGCUGGACGAUGCUGAAGUCAGUGCGACGCCAGCGCAGAAGCUUUUGUCAUCAACACCAAGUCAGGAUGCCACUCAGUCGUCUCCUCCGAAACCCUUCUUGAAUCGCUUGCUGCCACUGAUCGAAGCAUUCUUCGUCUUGCACGGCCGGGCAGAGGAGGGCGACGCCCGGAGCGAGGCGAAUAGGAACGCGCUGCUAAAGCAGACCCCAUCUUUGCUGUCCAAGUCCUUUCAGCCGGUGCUCCAACUGAUGCCCAGCUGUUUAGAUUUCGACAACAAGCGAGCCUAUUUCAGGCGGGGCCAACCGUCUCGACGCCUUGAAAGCAGAUAUCAAACGAUCCGCUUGAGAGUUCGGCGCAACGAAAUUUUCAUGGAUUCCUAUCACCAGCUCCGCGUUCGGACCGGUGACGAGAUGCGGGCCAAGAUUCAGGUCCAAUUUCAAGGCGAGGAAGGAAUUGAUGCUGGAGGGGUGGCCAAGGAAUGGUAUGGAGCGCUUGCGAAGGAAAUUUUUAAUCCGAACUACGCGCUUUUUGUUCAGGCAGGUGGCAAGGCUUGCACAUACCAUCCGAAUCCAAUGUCGUAUGUCAAUAGAGACCAUUUGCAGUUCUUCCACUUUAUUGGAAGGGUGGUUGGCAAGGCGAUUCACGACGGACAAAACCUAGAGGCUUGGUUCACAAGAGGCUUCUACAAGCACAUGCUUGGGAAGAAGGUCAUACCCGCUGACUUGGAAGCCUUCGAUCCAGAAUAUUUCUCCAACCUCAAAUGGGACCUCGCCCAGGACAUCAGUGAGAUCAUUGAGCUGAGCUUUUCGGCCGAGAGCGACGAGCUGGGUCAAGUGAAGGUAGUCGACUUGAAGCCCAAUGGACGACAUCUCCCAGUCACCAACGAGAACAAGCAUGAGUACAUUCAGCUGGUCUCGGAGCACAAAAUGACAAACUCGGUGCAGCAGCAGAUUGAGCACUUUCUGAAAGGAUUGCAUGAGAUCGUGCCGCCCCAAUUGCUUUCCUUGUUUGAUGACAAGGAGUUGGAGCUACUGAUCUCUGGCUUGCCAGAUAUCGAUAUUGAGGACUUGAAGCAGAAUACCGAGUACCACAACUACACACCGCAGUCCGAUCAAGUCCAAUGGUUCUGGAAGGUCCUGAGUGAAUUCACGCAGGACAGGGAUGGUUAA